GCAACCCCGGCUUCGCAGCACAACGGAGGCAUCUCUCGGCGGAACCGCGAUGGCCGUGGUGCAGCUCGACGCGGAGGACCGCCAACCCGAGAACGGCUUCGUGUCCCCCGACGCCGCGUCGCCGGAGCUGCUGACGCGCAUCGACGGCUCCGUGCUGCCGUUCCUCGGGGGCUUCGGGAGGUACCAGAAACAGCUGAUCGUGCUGACAUGGAUCCCGGCGUUGUUUAUCGGCUUCAGCCAGUACUCGAACAAUUUCCUCCUGGCUCAGCCGAACAACACAUGCGUCCAGCCGCCGGCGAACCUGACGAACCGCACCGCGAGCCACUCGUCGCUGUCGGGCGGCCCGAGGAACGCGAGCGCGUGGCCGGCUUCCCUGUACGACACCGGGAGCUACGGCACCCGCAAUGACACGGACCACGCGCAGUGUGGCUGCAGCGAGUGGACGUUCGAGCUGCACACGGGACUCGCAGAGAACGUGGUCACCAAGUGGAGUCUGGUGUGUGACUCGGCAUGGAAAGUCCACAUCGCCAAGUUCUCUCUGCUGGUGGGGUCCAUCUUUGGAUACCUGACGUUCGGAAUCCUUGCAGACUGGUUCGGCCGCCACCCGGUGCUGAUCAUAUCGGUGCUGUUCUUGCUGGUGUUCGGUCUGUCCGUGGCCUUCUCCGUCAACGUGCCCAUGUUCAGCACCCUGCGCUUCUUCGAGGGCUUCUGCCUGGCGGGGCUCAGCCUUUCGCUCUACGUCCUCAGGAUUGAGCUGUGUCUUCCGGGCUGGCGCUUCUCCAUGACCAUGGUGGCCAGCUUCGUGGGGCUGGGCGGUCAGCUGCUGAUGCCCGUGGUGGCGUACCUCUGUCGCGACUGGCAGGUUCUCCAAGCCGUCAUCAUCUGCCCGUUGCUGCUGAUGCUCUCCUACAUCUGGAUCUUCCCCGAGUCGCUGCGUUGGCUGCUGGCCACUCGGCAGUACUGCCGCUCCAAAUGGAUCAUGGGACACAUAGCGGCGAAGAACCGCGUGAACUUGGACCUCGACUCCGAAAACAUCCUCGCGGAACUGCAGGGAGCGCUUCAUAAGAAACCCAAGAAGACGUGCAUCGUGAAGAUGGUCGGGACGAGGAACCUGUGGAAGAACAUCGUGGUGCUCUGCGUCAACUCGCUGACCGGAUACGGGAUCCACCACUGCUUCGCUCGCAGCAUGAUGGACCCCGAAGCUCAGGAGACGACCAUGUUCCACAACUUCUACGCGGAUUACUACACCAUGGCGGGCAUCGCCGUGGCGUCCUGCAUGGCGCUGUGCCCGGCGGUGGGCCUGAUGGGCCGGAGGGGGGGCCUUCUCAUGUUUAUGAUCAUCACCGCCCUGGCGUCCCUGUUGCAGCUGGGCCUGCUCAACUUGCUGGGGAAGUACAGCGUCCAUCUGAAUAUAGAGGACUCCGGUACGCUGAAUAAGAACUUCUCCGUCGCCUUCUCCAUCAUCGGCAUGUUCUCCUCCCACGCCGUCAGCAACCUGAGCAUCUUCUUCUGCGCCGAGAUCACGCCCACUGUGAUCAGGGGCGGCGGGCUGGGUCUGGUCCUGGCCAGCGCCGGCUUCGGCAUGCUGACGGCGCCCAUCAUGGAGCUGCACAACCAGAAGGGCUAUUUCCUCCACCACAUCAUCUUCGCCUGCUGCACCCUCAUCUGCAUCAUCUGCAUCCUCCUGCUGCCCGAGACGCGCUACCAGCCCCUGCCCGAGACGCUCGCCGACGGCGAGAGCUACACCCGGCAGCCGCUCCUCCCGCCGAGGAAACCCGGGGAACAGCGCCUCCUGCUGCCUCAGUCGGAGAGCAGCAGGGACUACACCCGGGUGCACGACACGCCGCUGCACGAGGCGGCCGCCACCGCCGUGUCCACCAUGGACUCCACCGCCUCGUCGGCGGCGGACUUGACCGCUCGGUCCGUCGGGGAUCUGUCGGCGCCCGCGCUCACGGAGGUGCCUCCGCCCAAAGACCCCAGCGGCCACUCGGUCUCCUCCUAUCCCACGACCCCCGUCACGGCCCUGGGCGAAGAUGGCGUCGUCCACGCCAGCAAGGAGCACCUGCUGUCCUCCGCCCCGCUGCACGAGCUCCCGUGCGUCACCGACCCCCUGCUGGCCGCCGCCGACGAGCCUCCGGCGACCUUCUCGCAGGCCGCCGAGCCGCCGGCGGACUCCACCCUGAUCGAGAUGGAUGACAUUUUCCCGUCCGCCGCGACGGAGUCGUCCGCUCCCCCGUCGCCCUCGCUCGACCGCCUCGCUCCCCCCGUCCCUCAAGCGGUGCCCGCCUCCUUGUUGAUCUGCACCACGCCCGUCAUCGAACCCCCGCCGGGCGCCACGUCGGAGUCCCCCGACGACCCCGAGGGCGACGACGUCGACGAUAUCGGCCUGAUGCUCGACCGCCCCGUGGUGGAGGUCGCAAACGCCCCUCCGGCGGACUCCCCGACUCCAUCGAUUCGCCACAGCCCCCCUCCGUCCCCGAGCCCUUCCCCCGUGCCCGCGACCGAGAGCGACGUUUCCGCUGACCCCCACCCCUCCUCCGUCAGCGUAGCCGUGGACGAUCCCCCCCGGUUAGAAAUCGUGGAGGAGUCCGUGUGUCCCCCCUCCCCGAGAGACUGCCCCAUACCUCCAGUCAUCGAGCCUCCGGCGCCCCAGAUGGACCCUCCCUCUCCCUGUGUGAGUGAUGAAGCCCCUUGUCUCCCUGAUCCCCCGAGCCCAGUCACCGUUUCCCCUUCAUCCACUCCUCCUCCUCCUCCCCCACCAUCACCACCAGCCGACUCGGGCCACGCGCCCUCAGAGGCCUCUUCCACUCCCCCCGUCGUCGAGGCCGUCGUCGAGGCCGUCGUCGACGCGGCCCCGCUAACUCCCGCCACUCUCCCCAUCGCGGACAUUGUGCGCCCCCCCGCACCAGAAUCCCCCGCUCUGACUGUUGCGCCCACGCAGGAUUCGGCGGCAGCAGCUGCGUCCCUCGCCGCGGACCCAGCGCCGACUCCCCCCUCUCCGGCGGACUGCACCGUCUCCUCGCCCAUAGACUCCGGCGUCCUUCUCGACGGCGUCACAGAGAGCAACACUGUCAAUGGCGCGGCGUCGUUAUGAUCCACAGUCGCAGCCGGGAGAAGAAGAAGGAGGAGGAGGAGCAAAGCAGCCCACGCCACGGCAAUAACCGAGGAAGGGGGCCGAGGAAGGGGGGGCUCGGGCGGUCGUGCUCGGGCUUCAGGCGCUUCCUGAAGGCUGACCCCACCUGGAGUUGACGUAGUCACGUCCCACAGAGAUCCCGUAUGUUCCCUCCCCAACCCCCCUUCCUGUAUUUAGCCAAUAAAUGAGCAAGUGAGAGAGCGCCCGAGGCCGUCUGCUUUCAAGGUGGCCGUGUCCGCUGCUCUUUUUGAAUGUCACUGGAAAUCACCAGCCUUCAAACUACUUUCAUGUCAAUGAACGGGGGGAAAAAAUCUGUGUCAUUUCCAAGAGUCUCACAACAAUCACUAAGAGGACUGGUGAGACUACGACGAUGCUAAAAAAAACAAACGAAAUCUCAAAAUCACUGGUACUUUGGCUCUGAUGAAAUGUCCAUCUAACAUAUUUGUAUAAAAUAUUGCCUUAUUGUGUGGAUAAAAAGAAAAUCUGAAUGUUGCAACAUAUUCUUUUUGCAGUUACACAGGUAAAAUUUGAUAUUUGGGGGGAUUUUUAUUUUCUGAAUGCAACGCCAAAAACUACUCUGACCAAAAUUAAAUGUAGAUAUAGUGCCAAAAAAAAGUAGUAUAAAUACAGUAUUUGCCUGCACGGGGAAAUACUGUGCAGUCCCCUGCCAUAGGCUGCUUGUGGAUUUAAGUGAAUCAGAUGAAGCCUUUUUUUUUUCCUUUUUCAAAGUUCAGAAAUAUAAAGUAAAUUGUUUAUCAAAUUAAUAAAGAGUGAAAGCGAUAUCAUCCUUUGAUGAAUUGGAAUGGAGAGAGAGGAUUGAGAUUGCAAAAUAGCUCUCAUCAACACGUCGUUCAUUGUGUGACCAGCGAUAUUGGGAGUAACGAAUGACCCAUAUUUUGUCGGCCUGACGAAUUCUUUUUUUAUUUUUCCAAUCGUGAUGGACUUUAGGGGAUGCAAAUGCUUUUAUCUGUAAAUGUGAUAUUGUAAGUAAAUGCGUAACUAGUUGUUGAGCUUGAUUCAGUCGUUUUUCUUUUUAUUCAAAGUAUUAUUUUGAAUAAUCUCUCAUGGCGUGCCCUUUAUUGUACAAAGCUAUACUACACUCCGACAGUAUUUGCAGUGCCGCCAUAUUCUUUGCAGUUGGGACUAAAGCAUGAAAAUAAUUGUGAGCGUGUCAGUGAAACGAACCUUCAACGCAAAGCUUAAAAAGACGACUUGAAAGCAAUUUUUUUUAAUGAAGCCGUCGGAUGACAACGUGUUUGAUACGACGGCCGACUGUCACACAGCGUCGCUAACUUCAGUGUUUUCUAAAUCAUGUUCUGUCAUUCGCAUAGUUUAUGAAUGUCAAUGUGUUCAUAUAUCCACAUGCACAAGUAAGAUUCAACUUUACAAAAACAAUGAUUUAAUGCAGGUCAAGUCUUAUAUUUCUAGGUAGAUGAACCUAAUAAUGUUAAAAUGACAAACUGCGGACGACGGUGUACUUGACUUGCGUGUAACUUGACAGCUGUAGCUCCACACUUCAUGCUUUUGAGGUUGUAAUAUAUCAGAAAAACGACGUAUGAUUACGGAUAGAUCAUUGUUUACAAGAACAAUAAUACAUACACAUGCAUAACAAUAAUGAUGAAGAUAAAUAAUAAUAACUACACUUUACUGGAAACUCGAGAGCCAACUGAAUGAUGUCUUGUCAUUUCAAAUGUGAUGGAGCACGAGAACCUUUAUCCAGAGAGGAUGAGCGGUCCUUUACUCCCCAAUAUCCUCUUUCAUCCGGGUGCACUGACGAAGGGGCUGCGUGUGUUUAGGGAUCUGAAUGAUGGAGAAGCCUGCUUGUGUUUAUUUGGUUUAUAUAUUUUCUAAAUAUGAUUAAUUGGUCUUUUCAUAGAUCGUCAAGUCAACAAACUUCCAUUUGGUGAAAGAUUCAUCUGAACAUUUAAAGCCUAACAUGCUGCUAAGCCUCAAAGCACAAUGCCCUGCAAUCAUGUGAUGUCAAAUUUCGUGGAGCUUGUCAGUUAAAAAAAAAGGGAAAUGGAGUGGGAUUUUCAAUAAAUACAUUUACAAAUAACACAUUUACUUUUGCAAUAGCCCCACAUGUAAUCUACCUUGUGGAAGAGGGUGUCGGCCCUGGUUUUCAUAAUGAGUUCCUGCAUUAACGAGUGGGUUAACUGCAGAGGUCGGUAUAGCUUCACUUUACUCCGUGUCCUCGUCGUCUGUGGUUGGUCUCUCUGUCUCAGUGUGUGUGUGUGUCUGUGUGUAUUGCAUAAAUUAAUCUGUGUAUUGCCAAUACCCCAUGCAACACCAGUCUAAAGACACCGACACAGCGCAGACCAGUGUCUCCACUCAGAUCGGUUGCUUCCAUUUCCACGACUCCCAUGCAGCUAUUUCACGGUGCUGGUGUGAGCGUUUUAAGUCAAAUAACGGCAAAAAAAUAAAUAAAAAUAGCAAUCCAAAAGCAACGUUAGCACCAACGAUAUGGUGGACCAGGAGACGGUGAUCGCCCUGGUGGAAAAGCAAAAAAAGAAGAAUGGGUUAUGCCUUUGUAAAUAGUAAACGUGUGGAAAUGAUGAAGGCUCAUAGAUGGUGAUGUGGACUGAUGAAUAAUUUUGAAUAAAACUCAGAGACAUGAAGUCCACAGUGUACAACAGUCCAGGUUUUGCUUCUCUCGACCGUGCGACUCCGAAUCUCCUGUUGGGAGAUUUGAAUGAAUGUAAAAAUCCUGGAUUGUACCAUUUCUAGUUUGUGUUUUUGUUUUGUUUUAACAGACAUAAAUGCACUUGUAUAUAAGCCGUACCUGUUGUUAAAAUAAACCAAUAUUUAUUGAUCACC